AAUAAUUUAACGAUUAGUACAAUGGCUACUGUCCUGUCAAAAAUUUGUUUAAUUAUAUUAGUUUUUGUAACGGGUAUCAAUGGAUUUAUUGCAUUCUGUAAUUCAGAUGAAAUGUGUGAAGGAGGGCAGUUCGAUAAGUGUGUAAAUUGUACAAGCCCUUGUUUGUUGAAUUGUAAUAAUGACGAUCCACUUGAUCCAAUUUGCAAUCCUAUAUGUGGAUUAUCAGUAUGCGAAUGUCAAUUUGGUUAUGUACGUUCAACAGAUGGAAGGUGCGUUCUUCGAUCAGAUUGUUAAUGGAACCAAAAAUACAAAUAAAAUAUCUUCAACUCACCCUAAUAAAUACACGGAGAAGCAAAUCUUAAAAAUUUCAAAAGAAUUAGGAUAUUGUUUAAAAAAAAUACCAAAACUUAACAUGCUCACUAUUGAAACUUACCACUGGCCAGACGUGGGUUCGAAUCUCAGCGAUUGUUGAAAAUUUUUAUAAGAUCCCUGCCUCAGAAGUUUAAUUUAAGAGCGACCGAUUCCUGAUGCCUACACUAUGUCAUUAUUAUUUCAUACGGUACUAUAAUAGAAAAUAUUAUUGCAGUUUUGGUUAUGUAGAGUGAUGCAAGUCUGACCAGUCAGAUCAUUUUUUACUGUCACGUCAUGGACACGAGACCGUCAUCUGACCAUUCAUUUAGCUGGUUGUGAUUAACAAAAUUCUUGACUAAACGUUAAUUUAAUGACGGUAACAAGUCAUCUCACUAGACGUUACUGAGCAAAUUUGUGACACAAAAUUUUUUGACGGUC